AUGACAGCCGUCUUAAUCACCGGUGCAACCGGUAAACAAGGCGGUUCUCUCAUCAAAAGCCUCAUCUCCCGCAACGCCCCCUUUGAAAUCCUCGCCCAUCAAGCUCGUCGAAGCGACCUAGAUAACCCAUCCACGAUCUUCCAAAAUGCCCAACGCCUAACUUCCUCCCCCAUCUGGGGCGUCUACAGUGUCCAAGCCGCAAUCGGAAACAACGCCGAGGAAACCCAAGGCAAAUCUCUCAUCGACGAAGCCCUCAAACAAAACGUCAAGUUCUUCGUCUACAGCUCCGUCGACCGCGGCGGCGAAGACGGCUCCUACACCAAUCCCACCAAAAUCCCCCACUUCAUCAAAAAGCACAAUAUCGAGCACCACCUCGUCGACCGCAGCAAGAACACCUCCAUGGAGUGGACGAUCCUACGACCAACUGCCUUCUACGAGAACCUGACGCCCGAUUUCUUCGGAAAGGUCUUCGCGACCUGCUUCAAGAUGGCGGUGAAGGGGAAGAAGCUUCAGAUGGUGGCGACCAGCGACAUCGGGCAUUUCGGCGCCGAUGCCUUCCUGAACCCAGAUCAGUAUAAGGGGCGCGGUAUCUCGUUGGCGGGAGACGAGCUGAGCUUCGAGGAGAUGGAGCGGGUUUUCAGGAAGACCAGAGGGGAGUCACUGCCCAUGGCGUUUCGGCCGGUGUGUUCGUUGUUCAUGGCCAUGAUGAAGGAUAUGGGGUAUAUGUUUCGGUGGUUUUAUGACGAGGGGUAUGGGGCCGAUGUGAGGGCUUUGAAGGAGGUUCACCCGGAUAUGAAGGAUUUUGGAACUUGGUUGGAGACGGAGAGUGGGUUUGUGAAGCGGUGA